GUCCAAUACGCAUGUGCAGGUUAUCCCGGUUACAAUCCUCGUGAGCGCGCACGCCUUUGGAGUGUUCAGUCGUCACUGACGGCGUCGUGCAGCCAAGGGACAACAAUCACCAGGAGAACGCUGAAAUCACGAAGAAAUGGGUCGCCUAACAGUGCUAUUAAUCUGUUUGGCUCUUGUGGUAUCAGUUGUGGCCAGACGAGGGGGUGGAAGUAAAGGUGGAUUCAGUUGGGGGAAAAGUGGGGGAAGCUCAUACAAAGGUGGAAGCAGCAGUAGUAAUAAAGGUACGUCAUCACGUGGGACACACUCGUCCCCUGGAAACUAUCCUCGCCAACCUCAAGUACCAAACCAGAAUCCACCCCCCUACCCUGGUACUGGAGGUGGGUAUCCAGGGCAGGGCAGAUAUCCACCAGCAGGCUCUAACCCAGGUCAAGGAUACCCUAACCAAGGCAGCUACCCAGGGCGUGGUGGUUACCCGCCCCAAGGUGGUUAUCCAGCCCAAGGUGGUUAUCCACAAGGUAACUACCCGGGGCGUAGUGGUUACCCAGGACAAGGAGGUUACCCAGCACAAGGUGGUUACCCAGGAGCAGGUUCAUACCCCAACAGGAACCCUGGACAAGCCGGAGGAUAUGGAAAUCCUUACCCAGCUGGAGGCUCUUAUCCAGGUUAUCCAGUCCGGGGAGGUUCCAGCCCUAAUCAGUUUGGUGGAGGUGUUGCAGGAGCAGGUGCAGGUGGAUAUCCUGCAGCGGCACAAUAUCCUUACUGGAAUCCCAACAACAAAAUCAUGAGCCCAGGCUACGGUGGCAACUACGGUAGUUAUGGGUAUGGCGGCAGAUCACCUUUUGCCCAGUCAGUGCAUAACAUGGGUAUGGCCCCUUCAUAUAAAUCACAGGGGUUUGGCAAGCAGGCGAUUAUGGCUGCUGGGGCUGGAGCUGUGGCUGGUAUGGCUCUGGGAUAUGGCCUCGGAAGUUUCCCUCGCCCCCGUUUCCAAUUCCACAGCCCACAGGAGGAAUACUAUUACAAUCACUACAUGUACAGACGUUACGGCCAACCUCCCCCUGACGGUAACGUGAACUCUAACUCUCGAGGUGGAAAACCAGGCAAUGCAGGGUCGACCUCUGCAGGACAAGGAAACAUUAACCCUCAUGACAUCUUCCAGAAUCCUCCACCACAGUCCUAUGAUAGCUUCAUGGACAAGUGUGUGAAGAGGACAGACUUGCUCCGAGGGAAACCGGAAGGAGGAUCGAGGAGAUCCACUGACUUUAAGGCUCAAGAAGCAGAAGUAGCCAAUGAUCCUACUGGUGCUCAAGAAAAUGCCACAAGCAACAACAGCACUGCAGAAAGAAACACAUCCAGAAGCUCUUUAUUUGUAACCUCAAAGCCACCCGAAACACCCAGUCAGCCUCUAAUGCAUACCCAGGAAAAAAAAGCAGAAGCUGACGGUGAUGAUGAUGACACUGUUAGCAUUAUGGAGAUUGGCUAUCCUAUGCUAAUUGAGCAAAUGAAAGCACGACGUUGUGUCGAGCUGUACAUGGUCUAUGCGGAACAGCAUGCAGAAAAACAGGUGCAGGUUCGCAGUAACCUAGAUGACAAAACUGGCACUGGUGGCAGUGACUUACCUGGACCAUUUGGCCAUGGAGUCAUGCUACUCUUUACUAGCAUUCUGUCGCUCAUCUUCAUUUCCCUUCUACACUGAAAUUCUGGAAAGGGUUACACAUGAAGCCAUUGAGUCAGAAAGAAAAAUGGAUUGUUCGCACCCAUCAAAUGUUAUCUGAGGAAUUUGUCUUGGAUGCUUACAGACUCUGGACAAGGUACUCUCGAAAGACUAAUUGAAGAUUCAACAAAGAAUUUCUCAGAAUGACUCCUGUAAACUUACCCUACUAAAUUGCAACAUGAGCCACCUAACAAUUUGUCAUGUGCCCACAUUUCAUAGCAAUUUCCAAAGUAGCAAAAAACAUUUGCAUACAUCUACUUGCAUACAACUACUACAAUAUUCACCUUCUAUCACUGCCACCUUCUUGCAUGUGUUUUGAAGAAUAAAAGUUCAUGUUCAAUGACAGCAUAAUGCAUGAACCCUUUAAUAUCUCCAAUUUAAACAGAAUUGAGCAUGCCAUUCGCAUUUAACUUAUUGUUUUCCACUGGCAACAGCAAUAACAGCAAACCAUGAUUAUUUUGUUUUUAACAUGGAAUGGUGACUUCCAGCUCUGUUCACAUGAUAGCACUCCUACUUGUGGAAAAUUUAGUUUUGUAGUGUUUUCUCUGAUUGUUUGGAAUGAUAACUUGGGUAUUAACUUUCUACUGCUGUAUUUAUUUAUUUUAAAUUUAUUAUCAUAGGCAAUUUUAAUGUUUUUUUUUUUUUUAGUUUUUUUUUCCUCCAAGAAUCCACUACUGUUAGUUUUGUUAUUUUUACUUCUUAGGGGCUGUUCACAGUGAACUAGGGAUGAGCGUUUUCCGCAAAUAUCACAUUCGAAUAUUUGAGCUCACAAAAGACGAAUAUUCGAAAAUUUGUUUAUUUAAAUUAAGUUUAAUGAGAGCGACAUUAUUUUUCAGCAAGAUUUAUAGUUAUACACUAUAAACUUGAACUUUACACUACAUCGUGUUUUGUAGCUGAAAACCUUUAACAAUGUGUGCAAACAAACAAAAAAGUACAGAUUAAAAGCAAAACAGAAAAAGGUAACAAAGAAAAAACGUAAAAGCAGCCUGCAGCAAUUAGACUAUUGUACAGAAGCCUACAUUUAACUUUGAAACUUUUAAACUGUCAGCAAAUCUUAUUAUUAUUAUUUUUUUUUUUUUAUUGUUUUACAUGUUAUUGUUAAGGAACACAGGCAUAUCAACAUGAUUGGGGGAAAGUUGGCUCCUUAGUCUGUUAAAAAUAAGGCCAGCUGCAGAGAAAACAUGCUCUGACGGCACAGACAUUGCCGGGACACACUAAUAACGUUGUGCUAAGCGACUAAGUUUUGUGAAGCGCUUCAUGUUUUCGUUUCACCACUGAAUGGGAUCCUCAUCUGGUGGAAUACAUGGCUCCAGCAAGAACUGUUCCCACUCAUCUCGGCUGUACUCUUUGUAAUCAUCACAGAUGAACUGGCUCUGCCUUUUCCGACGAGUUGCGCGCAUCCUCUUCAUCGUUGGUGGUGACGGCUGCAUCCGUGCUACUCGCAUCAAGGAAAAUGCUCUGGUAAUGUUCAAAAGAGAUGCUGCAACAAUGUUCUUGAAUUUGGUCACUUUCUGUGAUUCUCCACUGCUUUUUAACUCUAUAUGUACAAUAACAGCCCUCUUGUCAGUUUUAUUCAUAUUAGAUGUACAGGUACUAUGGCACUCAUGCAGUUGAACUCAAAGGGAUUAGAUAAACAUUUUUAUAAAGCUGGAUCUUUAACAGUUACUCUUGAUGUGCUUUCUCUGAAUAUUACUGCUGAACAUUAAAGUAGAUUAUCAACAUAGCAUGGCACUUUGCUAAAUCAUUUAUCUAGGAGGCCUGUGGCUACCACUGGAUGAUCAGUAGGAGGCAAAACUUAACGCCUUUAUUAUUGCUCAGCUGCAUAUCUAUUGUUAUGCCUUUGAGAUGUUGUGAAUGUAGAAAAUGUGUAUAAUCUUACCAUCACUGUGAUUAAAAGGAUUAAAUGCACCUUA